AUGGAAGGCUUACCCACAACGACGAAAUCAGAGAGGCGAUGGAGAUCGAAGCCUCUUCAGACGUCCAAGCCAUCUAUCCUAAUGGCCUUCUUCUCUUGCGUCGCUUGGCUCUACGUCGCUGGCCGGUUGUGGCAAGAUGCAGAGAACAGAACAGUACUCGCUAAUCUUCUUAAGAAGAACUUAGGCCAGAGACCAAAGGUUCUUUCAGUUGAAGACAAGUUAGCGGUCCUUGGAUGCAAAGACCUGGAGAGGAGGAUUGUGGAAGCUGAGAUGGACUUGACGUUGGCCAAGAGUCAAGGGUACCUCAAGAAUCACUUGCAACAAAAGGUGUCUUCUUCUGGCCAAUUGCUCGCUGUUAUUGGAGUUUAUACUGGAUUUGGUAGUCAUUUGAACCGAAAUAUGUUUAGAGGGUCUUGGAUGCCUAAAGGUGAUGCUUUGAGAAAACUAGAAGAAAGAGGAGUAGUCAUACGCUUUGUAAUUGGUCGGAGUCCCAAUCAGGGUGAUAGCUUAGAUCGCAAUAUUGAUAAGGAAAGUCGGUCGACAAAGGAUUUCUUGAUUCUUGAAGGUCAUGAGGAGGCUCAAGAAGAGUUGACCAAAAAAGUAAAGUUCUUCUUCAGUACUGCAGUUCAAAAUUGGGAUGCUGAGUUUUAUGUCAAAGUCGAUGAUAAUAUCAAUCUUGAUCUUGAGGGGCUAAUUGGACUUCUUGAACAUCGUCGUGCUCAAGAUGGUGCUUAUAUCGGUUGCAUGAAGUCAGGAGAUGUGAUUUCUGAAGAGGGAAAGGCUUGGUAUGAGCCUGACUGGUGGAAAUUUGGGGAUCAGAAAUCGUAUUUCCGUCAUGCAGGCAGUUCACUCAUAAUACUAUCCAAGAACUUAGCUCAGUAUAUAAACAUAAACAGUGCGUCUUUGAAGACUUAUGCUCAUGAUGAUGUAUCAGUGGGUUCAUGGAUGAUGGGUAUCCAAGCCACGUAUAUAGAUGACAACCGCCUUUGUUGUGGUAGCAUUAGACAAGAUGUUUUCGGGUCUUCUAGCUUGAAAGAAAAUACUAAAAUAGAAAGCAAAGACACUUUACAUUGA